AUGGGCGAUGAUGUGUGGCAGGAAUCAAAUGUGGUGGAUGAGAUACUCGAAGCAGAUUUUCAAAAGGCAUGUGAUGUGGCACUUGCGAAUGGUCUUGACCUUGAGCAGGUGUAUAAGUAUCAAGAUCCAGAAUUUUUUAUCGAGCAUGGGGUCAAAAUUGGGAUUUCACGGCGGUUUGUCAAUGACAUCAGCACUUGGGCGAAAGAGUAUGAGCUAAGUGAUGAGGACUGA